GGCUGAGCCGGGACUGAGCGGGGGCUGAGCGGGGGCUGAGCCGGGACUGAGCCGGGACUGCGCGGGGACUGCGCGGGGACUGAGCGGGGCUCCCGCCGGCGGAGCGCAGCGCGCCCUUCUCCGCCCCGAGCCCGGCGCGGACGGUGCGGGCGCUGCGGCUCCAAGUUGGAGAGGGGAGAGCUUGUGCGGUAGGCAGGGACAAUGGAGGAAAAUGAAAGCCAGAAACUUGAGCUCUGCCUGGCUUGCCCAACAGACAGCAGGCAGACGAAGGACCAGUCAAAGCCCAGUUUGCAUGUAACAUCACUAGAUGAUGCAGAAUGUCUCCGAUCUAAAGAGCUCCUUUCCACCCCGAGCAGUCACACUUCUUCGAAUUCCAAGUCCACCCGCAACAUCCCUCGAAGACAUACAGUAGGUGGCCCUCGCAGUUCCAAAGAAAUACUGGGAAUGCAAACCUCAGAAAUGGACAGGAAGAGAGAGGCUUUUCUUGAGCAUCUGAAACAGAAAUAUCCCCACCAUGCCACAGCAAUAAUGGGACACCAGGAGAGACUGAGAGAUCAGGUUUUGCAGUGCAUGUUGGUCUCCCUUCAUUCAGAACUUGACAUUCAAAGGUACAUGAUGAAAAUUGAAUCCUCUCAGAGAACAAGAAGCCCGAAGCCAUCCCAGAGCCCCCAGUCCAAUUUGGGUGACCACACAGAACACCUCUCUGAAGCAUCUGCUGACUCCUUAGAGGCCAUGUCUGAAGGUGAUUCUCCAACCCCCUUUUCGAGGGGCAGUCGCACGCGAGCAAGCCUUCCUGUUGUGCGGUCAGCAAACCAAACAAAGGAAAGAUCACUGGGUGUAUUAUAUCUUCAGUAUGGAGAUGAAACAAAGCAGUUGAGGAUGCCAAAUGAAAUCACAAGCACAGACACAAUUCGUGCCCUUUUUGUAAGUGCCUUCCCCCAGCAGCUGACAAUGAAAAUGCUGGAAUCGCCCAGUGUCGCCAUUUACAUCAAGGAUGAGAGCAGAAACAUAUACUAUGAGUUAUGUGAUGUGAGGAAUAUUCAAGACCGAUCUUUCCUUAAAGUUUACAACAAAGACCCUGCACAUGCAUUUAAUCACACUUCCAGAGCUGUAAAUGGAGAUAUAAGGAUGCAGAGGGAAAUUGCUUAUACGGGACGAGAUGGCCCAAGUGGCUCCCGCCCUGGAUCUGCCACACACCCUCUGCAUGCGAUGCCCAGCUCUCCACCCUCCACCCCAGUGCCCCACUCCAUGCCUCCCUCUCCGUCCAGGAUUCCCUAUGGUGGGGGCCGGCCCGUGGGUGUGCCAGGCAAUGCCACCAUCCCCAGGGACCGGCUGUCCAGCGUGCCAGCCUCGCGCUCCAUAUCGCCCAGCCCCAGCGCCAUUUUGGAGAGACGGGACGUGAAGCCAGAUGAGGACAUGAGUAACAAAAACCUUACCCUGAUGCGAAACGAAAGUCUGUACGGUGACCCCUACUUGUUUCACGAGGGGAGGAUGAGUGUGGCUGCACCACACUCCGGACACCCCCUCGAUGUCCCCGAUCACAUUGUAGCCUACCAUCGCAGUGCCAUGAGGUCAUCGAGCACUUACUGCAACCCCUCUAUGCAGCCUGAAAUGCUGGAGCAGUCCUUGUACAGGCAGAAGUCACGAAAGUACCCAGAGAGCCAUUUGCCCACUCUUGGCUCUAAAACACCUCCAGCCUCACCCCACAGGGUGGCUGACAUGAGAAUGAUUGAUAUUCAUCCUCACCAUGGCCCUCACAUUCCCGCCCACACCAUCCAGCCUGACAGGUCUUCCCCCAGCCGCCAGUCCUUCAAAAAGGAGCCAGGACCGCCGGUGUUUGUGGAUGCGAAAGCACGGAGCGCUGUCGGCCUCCCAGGCAUGGUCGAGGCAAUGCCCUCUCCUGUGGACAAGCAGGCUUUUGGCUAUGGGUCACCCACGAUGCCCAAGGACAAGGAGACAAGAGAGAGGAUACAAGCCAUGGAGAAACAGAUUGCCAGUUUAACUGGUCUUGUUCAGUCUGCGCUUUUUAAAGGGCCAAAUACAAGUAAUAGCAAAGAUUCUUCUAGUGAGAAGAUGAUGAAAAUUGUGUCCAGCAAGAGCAGCACUGACACUGCAGGUGCUGCCAACGUAUCUGGGGGGAAGAAUGCACUGGGAGCUGUGGAGUCAGCUGUCACCCAUCACCCUGCUGGAGUCCCAGCAAUGCAAGUCAGCCUGCAUGGUAUGAAACGCAACGUGUCGGAUCUGCGGCUGCAGCUGCAUCAGAUGAAGCAGCUACAGCUGCAGAACCAGGAGAUGCUGAGGGCAAUGGUGAAGAAAGCAGAACUAGAAAUCAAUGGCAAAGUGAUUGAAACAGUGAAGAGGCUUGAAGAUCCUGUGCAGCGACAGCGCAACCUGGUGGAACAAGAAAGGCAGAAAUACCUCAGCGAGGAAGAAAAGAUUGUAAAGAAGUUAUGUGAGCUGGAGACAUUUGUGGAAGACUUGAAGAAGGACUCUGCUGCUUCCAGCAAGACAAUUACACUGAAAGAUGUUGAAGAUGGAGCCUUUCUUUUGCGUCAAGUGGGAGAAGCUGUUGCUACCCUGAAAGGAGAGUUCCCGACAUUGCAAAAUAAAAUGCGAGCGAUCCUGCGGAUUGAGGUGGAAGCUGUGAGGUUCCUAAAGGAAGAACCACACAAGCUGGACAGCCUGCUGAAACGUGUGCGCAGCAUGACCGAUGUCCUUACCAUGCUCAGGAGACACGUCACAGAAGGACUGCUGAGGGGUGUGGAUCCAUCCCAAGCCGUGCAAUUCUCUGCCAUGGAAAAGUCCAGUGCAGCUGACACUCUGAAAAGCCAAGAGGAGCACAAGCCCACCCAGGGCCAUGCACAACAAAACCUCACAGCAAUCCCACCCGAGUCCCAGGUGUCAUCAGUCAAGUCAGAAGUCAUCCCCUUCUCAACGCUGACUGUCCAUCACGUGCAGAGCUCGCCUGUUGUCAUCCAUCAGUCCCAGCACUCGGCAGCCCUGCUCAACCACGCCCAGGGCUCUCCCACUGCAGGCAGUCACAGCGAAGGGGUGCCAGCUGGUGGUCACCCCUCAGCUGCCCCACCCCUGCAGGAGCCCACAGCAGGACCCCAGCCCACACAAGCCACACCAGCACCACAGGUCUCUGUCAAUGGCACCACCAUGCAAAGCCUUUUCAUUGAGGAAAUUCACAGUGCAAGUACCAGAAAUCGAGCUGUAUCAAUUGAGAAAGCUGAAAAGAAGUGGGAAGAGAAAAGACAAAACCUUGAUCACUAUAAUGGAAAGGAAUUUGAAAAGCUCUUGGAAGAGGCCCAGGCCAAUAUAAUGAAGUCCAUUCCUAACCUGGAGAUGCCUCCCCAGCCAGCAGCCCUGCCUAAAGGGGAUGCAGCAGAAAAGCUAGAAGUCUCAGAAGAAGCUCCUGAUGGAGAACAAGAUAAUGACAAGCUGACCAAGUCUCCACCUCCUCCACCUCCACGGCGCAGUUACCUGCCAGGGUCAGGACUGACCACAACGAGAUCAGGAGACGUCAUCUAUACAGCCAGAAAAGAGGCUGCUGCUCUCAAGGAAUGCAAUGAAGAUGCUGGGCAAAUAGCACAAUCCAAAGCCCCUAAAGAGGACCAGGCAUUGUCUCGGAGCACAGGGCAUGCUGUAGCACCAGCUGCAAAAGAUGAAGAGGAAGAGGAAGGAGAUAAAAUAAUGGCAGAAUUACAGGCUUUCCAGAAGUGCUCUUUUAUGGAUGUAAACUCAAACAGUCAUGCUGAACAGUCCAGAAAUGAUACACAUGUUAAAGACAUAAGGCCUGGGACUUUAAUGCAUCACAAGGAAAAGAAGAAUUUGGAAUUUUGCCCCGAAGAAAGACAGGAAUCAGAUGACAGCUUGAGACAUGUCUCUGCAGCAGUAAAUGGAGUGGUGUAUGGGGCUACAACAGGAUCUCCCACAGAUAGUGACCAUCCUAAAGAGAAGAGGGAAGGGAGAACUGAAGAAGAAUUGGGUUCUGAUUCAUCCAGUACAGCUGACAGUAAAAUUGGCUUUUCAAUGAAUGACAGUCCUACAUUUAGCAAGGGUUUGUUUGUAGACAGUACAGACUAUUCUAACAAAAACCUUCAGAAUAUGAGCACAAACCUGUCUGGUGUCAGUUUGCCAGAGGAGGACGAACGAAGAGGGGCUCAAGAUAUCUUGGGAUCACGUUUUCCAGCCGUUGAGACUGGAAAACAAAAACCAAACUACAGACUGCCAAGAGAUGCUCACCAGGGUGUGCUGCAGGGUGAAGCCUUGCAGAGCACGGGCAAGCACAUCCCUGUCAGCAGCGUUGCCCCUCUCCUGAGGCACACGCAGGAGGCUGUGGGGCCUCAACCUUCCUUGCAGGAGCAAGAAGUUGCUGCAGCCAGCUACAAUCAGGUUGUGCUGAGACCCAAAGUGUCCAGAGCAAACAGUGUGAGCAGCAUUGAAGAGACAGACUCUCCAGCCAGCUCUCCAAGUGAGGACAACCCACCCACAGAAAACAUUGCCUUCAUGAUUACUAAAACAGCUGUCCAGGUGCUCUCGAGUGGGGAAGUUCACGACAUAGUCAGCCGGAAAGGAGGAGAUGUGCAAACAGUCAACAUCGAGGCUAGGAAGGAUGUGGCAUCAGAGAAGAGCAUCCCUGAGAACGCAGACAGCGAGGAGCCAGUGGUGUGUUUGGACAAAAAACCUGUCAUCAUAAUUUUUGAUGAACCGAUGGAUAUUAGGUCAGCGUACAAACGGCUUUCUACGAUUUUUGAGGAAUGUGAUGAGGAAUUGGAAAAAAUGAUGACAGAUGAGAAGAUAGAAGAAGAGGAGGAGGAAGAAAAUGAAGCACAUGAAAUCUGUGAGAGGCAGAAGGAGGAGUCACCAGUACAUGACACAAAAGCAACCACAGAGCAUUCUGCAGCUCAUGGUCCCCAGGGACCAUACCUAUUUAACCUUCAGUCUGACUCUGCAGAAAGCAGACCUCCUGCAGAGGAGGAAAGCACAAAGACAAAUUUUAACAAAUACCGUCAGAUCUAUGGGCUAAACACAGAAGGAAACUCUGACUCUGCCGAGCAGUUGGGAAGCAGGCAGGAUUCUAAGAAAAAAUUUAAGUUUAAAUUCCCUAAAAAGCAGCUGGCCGCUCUGACACAGGCGAUACGGACAGGAACCAAGACUGGGAAGAAGACCUUGCAGGUUGUGGUCUAUGAAGAAGAGGAGGAAGAUGGGACACUGAAGCAGCACAAGGAAGCAAAGAGAUUUGAAAUCACUAGGUCGCAGUCUGAGGAGAGUGAUAAAAGCCCUUCUGGGAAGCAAGAGGGACCCUCUGGAGCUGCAGUGUCCCUAUCUAGGACUGAUGAAAUUCGACAGAGUACAUACAGAACGCUAGACAGCCUUGAGCAGACUAUAAAGCAGCUGGAAAACACCAUCAGUGAAAUGAGUCCAAAACCUAUCCCUGAAAACACAUACACCUCUGAGGGAAGCACUGUCCCCUUCUCUGCCCAGAUAGUACCAGAGACCCCAUCCCGAGAGCGUGUAGUGCUGGAUGAGAGCCUUGCUGGUGUAGAGCCCCCUGCAUCACUCCCAGCCACUUCACGUAAGGGCUCCAGCGCUGCCUCCCAGACAAGCCGGAUGCCAGUCCCCAUGGCUUCAAAAACUAGACAAGGAAGCAUGGAGAAAUCAGGCAAACAGCACAAGCUGCAGGAUCCACGCCAAUACAGACAGGCUAAUGGAAGUGCUAAGAAAGCUGGUGGGGACUAUAAGGCUACUUCUCCUACCCUACCUGCUUCUAAGAUCCCAGCCUUUUCUCCCACUUCUGGGAAAAGCAGCUCAGCACCUGCUUCUAGCGGUGACAGCUCUAACCCUCUUAAUCCACCUACUAAAACCUCCAUUCCUUCCUCCUCCCUUCUCGGUCCUCAGACAGGUCGCGUAACUUACUCUACCUCCCUCAUCCCCUCUGUCUCUAACGGCUCCUCCAAGUUCCAGAGCCCCACUUACCCAGGGAAAGGUCACCACCUCUCCUUCUCGCUGCAGACUCAGAACGGCCGACCACCCCCUCCUUCCUCCUCUACCUCCCCCCCCUCCUCUAUCUCCCCUCCUUCCCUGAGCCAAGGUAUGAAGAGCAUCAGGACAAUCCACACCCCUAGUUUCAACAGCUACAAGGCACAGAACGGGAAUGCCGGCAAGUCCGCCCCAUCCACGGUCAAGGAGCCAUCCUAAAGGCUAAGCACAGCACACCCGCCAGGUCACCAAGGCUUUUUGUUCACUUUCAAAGAAUCCGCAGCCAAUAUUUUAACCAGGGAAUGUAACCAUUUUGUUGUAUUGCUGGAGGCUUAAUACUAAUCACGUGCUAAAUACUGAAUUACUACACUAGAUUAGAGUGAAGCUUUUUGGAAAAACGGUUGCUGUUGUAAUGAUAAAAGAGCAUUUUCUUUCUAUAGGCAGCACCUCUUACAAAAAGUGUGAAGGUGUGUGAGUGAACUUGACUGCGUGUGCACAGCAGUGUACUAAGCAUGGGGAACUGUAUGGUUAAAAAUUUACUAAGUUGUUUUGUAUAAAGCUAUUUUUCAUUAUGGGGUCUAGAAGUGAACAGAGAUAUACUAAAGUGUGAUUAUAUUCAACUGUAAAACUGAAACUAAAAUAUUUUUCUUUUAUUUUGGUGUUAUUUAGCUUUGUUACAGAUUUCUAUUUUUGUCAACAAAUGUCAUGGUUCCUUUCGAGAUCUUUUUGCCAAAACAUUUUGAUACUAUUGUAAUGUACAUUUAAAAGUAGUAUGCUGGACAGUAAACCUCUGCACAAGAGACAGAACAAGACUGGUCUUAUGUGUGUAUGAGGCAACUCAACUUAUUGCACUGCCAUUCAGAUUAUAUUUAAGAAUUUGCCAGCCAAGGAAAAAAUAAAUUGUUUUACACAUAUAGCUAGUUGCUGAUUACUUUUUUUCUUAGCUAAUUCCACCCUUUUUCCUUCAGUUUUAUUUUACUGAGACCUGGUAGCCCAUUAAUGUAUUGCAUUGUGGAUUUUAAAAUGUACACUUCAGUACUGUUCUGUAUACUGGCAAACUUUUGUACAUAUCUAUAAAUACCUAUAAAUAAAUAAAUACUGUAUGUGGCUGGGCACAUAGAGUAGUUUUACCACACCAAAGUUAAUUUUUAUGCAUGCUUAAAAAUAUAUAUGGGGAAGGGUUGAAAAAGAUGGCUAUCAGUUAAAUAGGAGAAGAGCAAGAAACUUGCAUAACUAAUGGUUUUGUAAAUAAAUUUAUUUGUAUAACACCAUAAUGUAAUAUACAGAACUAUGAUAAGCAAAGAUCCUUACAAAAAUAAAGGGCUGCAUGCUUAUAUAUUUGUAUU